AUGAUGGAGCCCCGCGCCGCCGGCAACUCGGAGGCGAUCCGCCUGGCGCAGGCCUCGGACUGGAAGGGACUGCAGCGCCUCUUGGAGCGAGACCCCGCCGUGGCCGAGCAGCGCGGCGACCACGGCAUGCUGCCCAUCCACUGGGCCUGCACCGUGCGCCGCGUGCCGCUGUCGCUCGUGGCCAAGCUGCUGCAGGCAUAUCCGGACGGCGUGCGAGCCAAGAACGCCGGCGAGCUGCUGCCGCUGCACAUCGCCAUCCGCGCGGGCGUGCAGGCCUCGUGUCUGCGCAAGAUCGUGCGCGCGUACCCGGAGGCCGUGACCGAGCCGACGCCCGACGGCGUCACGGCGCUGGAGCUCGCCGAGGAGAGCGGACUCGACGCUGACAGCUUGAAGGUGCUGCACCGUGCGCACGAGCGCAGCAGCAUCCUCCAGCAGCAGAACGACGACGACCGUAGCUCCGUUGAGGCUGAAACGGCAAACUUUGACCCGAAACGAGAGCUCAGUGGCCAGGAAGAAGGAGAAGCGUCCGGGGUCAGGAGGCCGGAAGACGACGAAGAAGACAAGGCGUGGAGCGAUCCGGUUGUGCCGGAGCCCUACGUGGGCAACGUGGGCUUCAUAGGGCUCCUACAUAUGGGCGACGACGGAGAUCUUGACGCUACGGGGAUGUCGGUGCUGGAGGCGGAAGACAGUUUUAGCAUGAUGAGCGAGCAGUCGCUCAGCGACGUGGACGGCCUGGACUCGCCGCACGACCAUCUCGUGUCGCCUUCUUCAACCAGCACCUGCAGCCAAGACGACCCACGCACACCGACAAGCUCGCGGUCGUCGUUUGACGCACACCUGCGCACCGCCAGUCGUCGCAGCCUCGGAGGAUUUCAAAAUCAGAAUCAGGAAGAAAUGAGUCGUCAGCAGCAACAGACGCGUUUGGUCCGAACGGCGUCAGUGCUCGCUCAACUGCAAAGCGAUGGCGUCUUCACCGAGCACGAGCUGCGGACCAUGGUCUCAGCGAUGAGCGCCAAUGCUGCCAUGAGCAACGCUGAAGAAGGAGCGUCGACUCGGAGCCACAGUCGCCAGAUGUCGCUGCCGGUCAUGCCCAGCUACGAAAACCUUCGUCAGACCUCCGGCUCCCAGUUCUACGAUGAAGCGGAUGACGAGGAUGAGAACGAUGAGAACGACAAUGGAUCUUCAAGGGACAGCACGAGCACCGCUGGUGGUGCUACUAGUGCCCAAGUUAACCCUCGAGGUCGACUGUUCCAGUCGGUGCAGGAGCCAAUGCAAACGCGCCACUCGACCAUCCCCGGUGGGUCUCAGCGAGGCUCACCACCACUGUUCCGGAGGUCGCAUCGUCGUGCUUCACACGGAGGAUCUCACAGUCGUGGCCAUUUCGACCCUCCCCCGGAGUGGAAGCACGACGGCGAGUGCUCGAUCUGCCGCGCGAGCUUCGGCAUGUUCAAGCACCGCCACCACUGCCGCAAUUGCGGUAAGUCCAUCUGCAGCCAACACAGUGCAGACAAAAAGAUAUCGAUGGAGGCCAAGGGAUUCACUACUCCGCAGCGCGUGUGCGUCACCUGCUACGCCAUGAUCACGCACACCCGCUCGCUGAAGCAUGAGCUGGAAGCCGACGAAACGGCCCGUGAAGGCUCAUUGCUAAACUCCUCCGGUUUUCAGCAGCAACACUACGCACACACUACGGGCAACAACGACCGUCGUACUUCAGCCGUUGCCUUGUUCCCGUCUGCGACGACACCGGGGCCGAGCCGAAACACCGCGCUUGGAGGUUCAAGGAGCCCUACCACCAGCGCCGCCGGUGGGAGCCCCACCACGUCGCCGACAACUGGUCGCAGAGCUGCCUCCCGGAAGUCCAGCAUCCUCGCUGCGGGCGAAGCAACGGGCGGGGCUGGGGAACGCGCGACCACUUCGAACCACGCGGCUGGACUGAGCGGGGCCCCGUCCUCGCCGGUACACGAGCUGCGCGCGUUGUUGGCGUCGCAGCAGAAACAGAUCGAGCAGCUCGCGCAGAGCAACAUGCAGAUGCAGCAGCAGCUACUCGAGCAGGAAGAGCUCAAGGCCGAGACGACGCUGCUCAUCACGCAGUUGAUGACUCGGGUGUCGGUGUUGGAGUUGCAGAAGGACCGCAGCUUCCGCAACAGCAAGCGCCGGAGCGCCGAGACGGGCGAGAGCGAGGACGAGGACGAGGAGUUCCCUCAAGACGACGCCACUUCCUUCGAGCGGUAG